CGCUGAUCGAGCUCUUCUUUUCCCGCGAGAAAAGUUGCAAACAUCCAUACCGACGGGAGCGUAUCUGUGCUUCGACUAUCUGUAACCUCCCUGUCUGCUCGUUAACACCGUGACCGAUGAAACUAUAAAUCUGACAGCGGAAAGUGGGGGGUGGCACAAGCUCCCGUUCUUCCCUGCACCCCAGCCUCACGUGGCGCGUCCACCUUGAUGGAUAAGUCUCUUGGGGGAAUCGUGAUCUCGAUCUGCUGCUUAUCCGACAGAACCCAGCGACAACCACAACCUCACCUGUCCGCUUUCCCCUUGCCGAACUCCAGACCUUAAACAACACCUCCUUGUCGAGUUCACCAGUUUCACCAGUUUCACGACAUCACACUUUCUGUCGCGCGAUUACACCAGAAUCAACACGCUGAAAAUCAUCACUACACAUCUUUGCAACACAACGAAGCGCUUCACACUCGUUGCCCUGUUAGACAAAGCGACCAAACAGUCAACCUUUUUCGACCUUGAUCAAAUCAUCAACCACUAUCCACCCUCAAAAUGUCCGAACGCAAAGUCCUAACCAAAUACUACCCCCCGGAUUUCGACCCCUCCCUCGUCGGCCGCUCGCGGCAACCCAAGCAAACCGGCCCCAAAGUCCAGACCGUCCGCCUCAUGGCCCCCUUUUCCCUGCGCUGCUCCACCUGCGGCGAGUACAUGUACAAAGGGCGCAAGUUCAACGCGCGCAAGGAAACCCCCGUCGACGAGCGCUACCUCGGCAUCCAGAUCUACCGCUUCUACAUCCGAUGCACGCGCUGCAGUGCCGAGAUCGUCUUCCGGACCGACCCCAAGAACCAGGACUAUGCUGUCGAGAAGGGCGCCAAGCGGAACACGGAGCCGUGGCGCCGCGGGUUGGAAGGGGAACUGGAGGAGACGGAUGAGCAGCGACUGGACCGGAUCGAGAGGGAGAUGGCGGACGAGAAUGGGGAGAUUGCGCAAGCGGAGGAGAGGAAUGCGAUGGCGGAACUGGAGCAAAAGACGGCUGACGCCAAAAGGGAGAUGGCGGUCGCGGAUGCGUUGGAUGAGAUCCGAAGUCGGAAUGCGAGACUGGAGAGGGCGCAAAGGGAAGGUGGGGUGGAUAUUGAGAGUGUACUUGGUGGGAGGGGAUUGAGCGAGGAGGAGGAGAGGAGGAGGAGAGAGGAGGAGGAGGAUGCAGAAGCGGCUAGAAAGGCAUUUGAGUUUGCGAGGUUGCAGCAAAAGCUGGAGGAAACCCCGGCCGAGGAGGAGGUGCUGGGUCUGCCGAGUAUCCCUGGGGCGGCGGCAAAUGGGGAGGGCUCGUCCGGUUCUUCUCCUAGUGCUGGUAUUGGCCCUUCGUCUGCUUCGUCAACGGCAGCGACGGCGACGGCGGCGACAGCCUCGAACCCGGCAUCAGCCGCUACGACCGACAUGCCCCCUCCCAGUUUCAAGCGCCAGGUCAAGAAAAAAAAGGACCACUCGGCCUUGCUUGGUAUCAAGAAGAAGCAACCCCUGGUCUGAGGAAACAAACCGGCCGGAAGUCACCUUGGUUUGGAAAUUUUCACAAUCAGUACGUCAGGGUGUGGAGAGGCAUCAUGGAUCUCAUGAUGAAGAUUGCCAAAGAAUGCAGAUUGUCGAAUGCCACGAGGGGCGGUCCGCAAUGGCCAUUCUUUCAGCCUUCUAGUGUACAUCGCAGCAAACAUGAUCGACGUGGAUGAUGGAUGGAUGUUGAUACCCAAGCAUCGUAGAUCAAGACAGAUUUUCAAACGUUCUAGAAACAACACGAAUAAAUCAUGAAUGGGUAUAAUCAUCAAUCAUUCCGGGAAUCUGACGAUUAAUAUGUACAAUUCCCAAAAGGAUUUCCUCUACCAGAUCCCGAAUCUCAUGGCACAGAAACAAGCUCCGUAUACCGUAUGAUAACAACUCUGCUUUCCCCUCUAGAUAUAUUUAUUCCCUGGGAACCCGCAACAAGAAAAAAAAUCCUUUCCAUCUCCCACGAAACGCCUUGCCAGUUCAACAGAAAGAGAGAAUAUUCGUAAAAAAACACAAAACUCGCCAGUUUUUCAACGUCACCGAAAGGCAAAGGAGAAUAAACUCCCCUCGAUCGAUGACCCGAAUUACAUGGCGAAAGAUCAGAAGUAGACAACCACCACCGCUGAAACCCGACACCUUAGCCCGACACCUUAGCCCGACACCUUGAUAGGGUUGCAUGCGAUAUGGAACAUUUUUUGGGUCAAAUGGACCAGGCCGCGAGAAACAUGACGAGUUCCACUCCUCUGUUGGAGAAAUCAUGCAUCAUGUACGGUCGUCAUCGUGUCCUGCCUGUCGCAUGCACACCUUGCUCCUUUUCCGGCAUGCAGUGAUACACUGCAGCGGGACGCUCUGACGUUGUUCUCUAGGAGCAUUGAUGUCAUCCUUUUUUCUUUUUCCAGAUGACCAAAGAAGCAAGCAAGGUCUAGACGAUUGUGGGCGCGGGUUGGGUGGUAGUCAAGAGUGGAGUGUGUGUGCUCAAUCAACCAGUACAUCCCAUCCUCACACACUCUCGGAGCAGCUCUCACGAUUGGUAGCUGUACUCUUCGCUGGAAUUCCUCGAGCGAGUACCCGAGACGCCGUUGGGUAGACUUGGUGUGGCGUUCGAUUGGCUCUGGCCGUUGGAGUUCUGGUUGUUGGAAGGCGACCCCGAGGACCUGGGCAGGUUUGUCUGGGAAGCGGCCUCCAUCUGGCGCUUGGUAUGCUGAUGCAUGGAGCGGGAGUAGGAGCCCAGGUCGAAGGGAGGAGGAGGAGACAUUGUGAUGGAGUAGGCAGAGUUUUGGGCAGCAGCCGACAUUUCUAUUUGGGGGUUUGGUAUUGUGGUUGUUUUGCGUUGGCGUUGGGCAGCUAAGCUUUUGGUUGCCGGAUGUCUUGGAAAAGUGGUAUGGAUGGCUUGACGCGCAAAAAAGGCUUGAACGGUAAGGAGAAUGACGCUAGGAGAGAUGACCUAGGAAAUAGUUGAUUGUGUUGGAGG